CCGGCGGAGGCUCGGUCCCGUUAGAAGAAGCAGCGUCGACAUCCUCUCGGACCUUGGAGGGUUACAUUUACCCAAAACUUAUUUUCAAAUGGGCCCCGUCGCCUAGCGUCCACUGCCCCGAGCCUCGCCGACUGAGUUGAAUUGUACUGCUACCGAACAUCAGCAAGUCUGGGUCCGUGAAAGGUUUCCAUCUAGCAGAGUGUACAGCGACCAACGGCAGCAGAAUGGCGGCUAUUCCAGCAGGCGGUUCUCUCGUGGCGACCACUGACUACUACCGAAGGCGCAUCGGCUCUACGUCCAGCAGCAGCUCGUGUGGCAGUUCGGAGUACAGCGGAGAGGUCAUCCCUCACCAUCCAGGACUCCCCAAGCAGGAUUCUGGCCAUUGGUGGUCCAGUUUCUUCUUUGGGAAGCAGCCAGGGAUGACCCCACUGACUGAGGAGGCACAGCAGAAGGCAGGGGUCCCGGGUGCGGUGACAAACGGUCAGAUCACCUGCGUUGCCAGGGAGAUGGUGAUGCAACGCCAGGUGAGUGAGAGCAGCGACGCAGGAACCCCCACCUCCUCCUGAUCCUGCAGCCUCACCCACCUGGUCCACACCGCACCUCGGGGGGAAACAUCCAACCAAUGACCAACGCUAGGUGACGGGAGGACGUCCCGUUUACAACCUUAUUAGUUUUUUUUUAUUUCAUCUGUAGUACUCUUCGUAGGACAGGCUGCCUUACUCGUUUUUUUUGUUUUGGUAACUUUUUUUUUUUUAUUAUUGACAACAAGAAAAAAAAGAAUAAAAAAAAAUAAAAAAACGACGACGAUGAAGCAACUGAUAAGCUUUUGUUUUUUAACAUUUGUACUGUUGUGUGUUUGUAAUACUGUGGUGCGUAGACACAUCCACACGCCUUUUGUUAAACAUGUCACCUUUGUCACCCUGUGAUUGCAAAUGCAAUAAAGUAGACUCUUGCAGCCUAA